UGGGGGGAAGGAGGGGCUGGCAAAGACCACCUCUUCACCUCAUCUUCAAGAGAGUAGGAAAGCAUCCAGAAGGUUGCAAGCAGCAGAUCCGUCACCUGUCUGGAGUGACCCAGAGGUUGGAGGGUCCUCAGGAGCCAAGGGGCAUGUUCUCCUUCAAGGGAUGAUGUAAAUUUAGGAACAUUUAGUAGAUUUGUAUAGCUGAAUCACUACACCUGGAGAUGGAGUGCCUUAAUACAGACUGCUCCGGGCUGCAAAACACCUCAUGGUUAAACUCCAGCCAGGAGAACCGGAAUCAAAGCUUCAACAACACUAGGGACCCCCUGAAAAGGAAUGAAGAAGUAGCAAAGGUGGAAGUGACUGUGCUGGCCCUCAUCCUCUUCCUAGCCUUGGCUGGAAACAUCUGUGUACUUUUGGGGAUUUACAUUAAUAGACACAAGCAUUCCCGUAUGUACUUCUUCAUGAAGCACCUGAGUAUUGCAGAUUUGGUGGUCGCAGUGUUCCAGGUGCUUCCGCAACUCAUCUGGGACAUCACCUUCAGGUUCUAUGCUCCAGACUUUGUUUGCAGGUUGGUCACUUACUUGCAGGUAGUAGGGAUGUUUGCUUCUACCUAUAUGCUCCUGCUCAUGUCCCUAGACAGAUGCUUGGCUAUCUGUCAGCCCUUGAGGUCUCUGCAUAGGAGAUCAGACCGUGUCUAUGUCCUCUUUACUUGGAUCCUCAGCUUUCUUCUUAGCAUCCCCCAAACUGCUAUCUUCUCCCUUAAAGAGGUGGGAAAUGGGGUUUAUGAUUGCAGAGCUGACUUUAUCCUGCCCUGGGGACCUAAAGCUUAUAUCACAUGGAUAACCCUGUCUGUGUACAUUAUCCCGGUGCUGAUCCUCAGCAUCUGCUAUGGGCUUAUUAGCUACAAGAUCUGGCAAAACAUCCGUCUGAAGACUGUGUGCGAGAGCAAUCUUAGACUGAGCACCAGCAGAAGAGCCACCCUGUCCAGGGUCAGCAGUGUCAGGCUUAUCUCCAAGGCUAAAAUCCGGACUGUAAAGAUGACCUUCAUCAUAGUGCUGGCUUAUAUUGCCUGCUGGACCCCAUUCUUUUUCGUCCAGAUGUGGUCAGUGUGGGACCCCAAUCCCCCUAAAGAAGCAUCACUGUUCAUCAUUGCCAUGCUACUUGGAAGCCUCAACAGCUGCUGUAACCCCUGGAUCUACAUGUUGUUCACUGGUCACCUCUUCCACGACCUCCUACAAAGCUUCCUGUGCUGUUCUGCUCGAUACCUGAAGUCCCGGCAGCAGGGGAGCGACCUGAGCGCUAGUAGGAAGAGCAACUCCUCAACCUUUGUGUUGAGCCGCAAGAGUUCAAGUCAAAAAAGUAUCACACAGCCAUCUACAGCAUAAAUGCCCCACAUAGAUACAAUACGGACUGAGAAGGCCCCGGGAUCGGAUACUGAUCAAAAAUCAGGACACUGCUGAGAUCUGUAGAUUAAGUGUGAUUAUAUGGCUCAUGAAUGUGAAGGAAAGUGUGGAGGUCAUAUGCAUGAAGUGGUGAUGGGCAGCUGUUCUGUCAUUAUUAGGGUCUCCUGAAAUCUUGGGAAGUAUCCUCCCCCCCUCUUACUCCACGUUGCAUGUUGAGGGAAUAAUGCUGGUAGUUACCUGAUACAAGAGGUGGUGCUGGGCCAAGCCCUGGCAAAUUAGCAGCACGCCAUGAUGUGUAGCAAUCACAUGUUGCACCUCCCCUGCACCUAAAAAAGUGCCCUAAUUCACAUAUCAAAGGUCUGGUGAGGAGAUCGCUAUAUUAAUGCCUUAUAUACGGGCAAUUGGGUUAUAUGUAAAUUGAGAUAGAUUUAGUUCUGUAAUAUUUAGAACAUUUCUGCUUGCUCUCACACAAUAAGAAUACAUUGCUACAAGUACCCAUCAGCUUGAUGAGCAAGACUUGCUCAAGUCGGGUUUUAGUAAGAAUGUUUCUAAUCACUGACAGCCAGUAGAGAUCUUGAAAAUGGUUGAGGAGUUGAAACGCAAAGUGUAAUUCAUUAAGGCCAGUGUUUCUUCUGCCUGUCUUAAAGGGGUACUUCACUAGCCAUCACGGCCGGUGCCACCUCAAUGCAAGUCUAUCGGAGGGGGCGUGACGGCCGCCACGCCCCCUCCCAUAGACUUGCAUUGAGGGGGCAUGGUCGUGAUGUCACAAGGGGCGUGGCUGACCACAGCAGCGCGAAAACAGCAUUCAGAACAUUUACUUCCGAACGCUGGCCAGUGGAGUACCCCUUUAAGGGAGUUGGCUGGGAAGAAGAAAAGGUCCUACCUCUUCUUCUCCCUGGCACUUCACUUCCACCAGAAAUAGUUACUAUAGGUACGGACAGCCAAAUGUGCCCAGAGUUUCCUGGCACUCUACUUCUACUCCUUGGUUAUCUCAGAAGUAUACUGGAGGGGGCAGGUGCUUGUCCCCCUGUGAGGUCCAAAAGCUGCAGGAUGUUACCGAUGUUGCAACAACAUCAUGCAUCUAUUUGACAUCGUGUGUAAGUAAAACCACGUCCACACACGAUGUCCAAUAUGUGCUUGAUAUUGCUGCAACAUCGGGACAAGCACUCCUUCCCUCCUGUCUCGGAACAGUAUACUUUCAAGAUGACCAGGGAGCGGAAGGGAAGCGCCAGGGAACCUCCCGGGCAACCCCUUUAAGCUUGUGAUGUGCCAAAUGUACUAAGAGGCAUACACUCUGUGCACGUUUGGCUGUCCGUGCCUUUUCAGAUUUAAAUAUAUAGUAACUUUUGCUGGUGUGAAUUAUACUACAGGCCUUCCCACUAAGACCCUCCCUCCUAAACAAAUAAAAAUGUGCCAAGAAUGACACAAAACCAGCAAAAAGAGACUUGCGCAAAAAAAUUGCAGCUUUUGUACUCGAGAAUAUACAGUAAUAUAAAAUAUACAAACCUUAAUGAAUUCCCAUCGAAGUAUUUAAAAAAAGUUACAAAACUUUUUAUCAUAAAAGCUUAAUAGUACACAAGGCUUGACAAUCCUUAUUGUUUUUCUGAUGUGUUUUUUGGGAAUACAGCCAACCGUGGAAUUCCCCUUUAAUUUACAUGUGACACUGGGAUCAGAACUAACAUGAUAUGCAUAAAAUGAUCAUGUGAAUUUUCAUGGGCACCUCCUGAUUUACACUAUGGACUUGCCUUUUGUUGGCUGCGCGGCUCCCACUGAGGGGCUUUCAUUACUGCUUUCUGUGCAAUUUGUCAUAAAACGCUGUGUAUAAAUAUGUAAACAUGAUAAAAUUAUCAUUUUUGUACAGAGACACCAACAUAUCUUAGCAAGCCACAACUCUAUCAUAUUCAUUAUACUUAUUGCGGGUGACGUCCGCUGCCUGCAGCGUUCAUUAAAUAACAAAUCUUAUUUUACUUAAAGGGAUAAUCACCCUGUGGCUGUGAUAUAACCAUAGGUAUUGUAUUGUCACAUUGUGCACUGUUGUUUCGUGCACCAACACACACAGUCUGGUUUCUGCAUAAAAUAUUUUUCUCUAUAUAAAUGAAUGUACGUAGAUAAAAUCCAUGUCUGUGUAUUUGAGUGCAGAGCUCAGCAUGGCGUUCUAGGUUGUUUAAGGCAUUGCAAUAUUUCUUCUCUUAACCCCUCGAUUGCCAGAAAAUCUCUGUUGUUUCAGCACUAUAAGCUCUUUAAAGGUCUAUUGACAAUUAUUGGGGGGGGGGGGGGGGGGGCUUGUUAAGUUAUAAUUAAAGUUUUUACGCCCUGGGAGCAGCCAUUUUGAACCACUCUUUUAUAUGGGGCUUACAGCAACAGUUAUGCUGCUUAUACAUUAGCAAACUGGAGUCUUGUUAGUAUUCAGAGUGCAAAAUGGCAGCUUCCAUUGCAUUGAGAAUGAUUAAGAAAAACUAAAAACGUAUUGAAUGGCUAACCAAUAAUUUCUUGGUUGUCGCCAAAAGAGAUAAAAAAUGGAAAGAAGCUUUAUACUUCUUCCAAUAUAACGCACCUUGUAGAUAUAUAUUUUUUUUUUUAAAGAAGGGAGCACUUUUGUCGUGUCAUUUUACAGAUCACUGAUUUAUUCUGAGAGUUUUAUUUUCUGUCUUUACAAAAAAAAGUUUAUCUUUAAUAAACGGAGUUAUUUA